UCAUCACUUUGUCAUCAAAAGAGUACAGUAGUAGCAGUCAUCUGAGUAAUUGUUAAAUUUAUUACUGUGUGAUAACUUUUUAGCGAGUAGGCAGGUUAUUCGCGGAUUAAUAAUGGGAUAUUUGCAAGUUUACGUUAUCACGUUAUGUGUAAUUUUAGGUAUUGCAUCUGGUUACGAACUUUCUGAUGUAAAAUCAGCGAAAAUUGAGACUUGCAGAGGAUGUUCAUUAAAUCGUCUGCCUGAAGUGAAGAAAUUUGUUAUGGAAGAUGCGCCGUUUUAUGAGCGACUGGAGGUGAAAUUUAUCACCGGUGCGCCCCCAGAACUGGUUCUGUUGGGUGACGGUGACGUAGAACUUGAGCGCCUCCCACUUUCAAGCCUUAGUCGCCAAGAGUGUAAUGACUUAGUGCAAAACAAAGGAUUCUCAAAAAAAUCCAAAAAUGAGGAAUUUUAAAAUUAACAUGUAAUCCACAUUCCUCAGAAUUAAUUCCAUUAGUUUUAAGCUUGUCAAGUUUUGUGUACAAACUACAAAAUACGUAAUUAAAUCUGGUUUUUACUUA